AACAGACUAAGCUCAGAGAUGGUCGUUCUUGUUUAAAUUUCAAAUUAACAUAACCCGGUCAGUGUUGGCUAAUGGUCUCGUCUAGAACAACCUUUGCAUCAACCAGGCGACCGUGCGGAGAGCGUAAGGGAGAAAGGAGAAGAGGAGUCAGCAGGCACUAGAUGAAAAUGGCGGAGACCGUACGCUCGUUAUUUGACUACCGAGAGCCACCAACACUGGACAGCGAUGGAGAGGGCAGCAAACCGCAACCUCCGCGAGGACGUGGCUGUGGAAGGAAGCGGAAAGGGACCCCAGUGAAAGUGUGCGAUCGUGUUUUUGCCACAGAGGAUGACGAAGAAAGCACCUCAGAGCACAGCUAUUGCCCAGGUGAAGGUCAGUACCAGGGGGGAGAGGGGGGCAGGCACAAACUCCCUGCUCCAGAAGGCCCAUACUACAUAGCAGACUCUACACAGCUCUGUGUGUCUGAGCAGGGAGAGGAGGGGGACAGCGGUGCGCGGGGGCCCAUUCUCUACCCCCCCACCCCAAACUGCCGCAUCCGUGAGGUGCAUUGUGGGAAUCAAGUGCGGCUGGUCGUCAUAGCAAUCCGCGACAUCACUAAGGGAGAGGAGAUAACGGUAGACUACAGUCUGACUGAAUGGGGCGAGAACGCAAUGGGUUUCCAUGGCACUGUGCCUCCGGCCGGUUUUGAGUGUAACUCUGACCCUGAAAAUGGUAUCAAGAAGGAGGAUGAAGCAGGGCAGGUGCCCGUCUCCGUCUCUGAAUACAUCACACCAUCCUGGUCCCUCUCUCCGUCCUCGUCCCCGCUGUCCCACUCUGACGGCAGUGACUCUGACUGUGAGGAAGAGGAGGAUGAGGAAGAGGAGGACGUUGAUGGUUCUGGCCAGAGGGGUCGCGCCCAGCAUCGGCAAAAGAAGCGCAGGCACCCCUCCCUGGCCCUGGCCUCCGGCUCCAUCUGCCCCGGCUCUGCCAAGAAGAAGCCCCCCCAGCAGCGUCCCCCAGGCCACCCUCCCGGCUGCUCUUCCUCUGCCUCCUCCAUCCCUCGCUCGCUGCCAUCCUCUCCGCCGCAGCAUCCUCACCCAACGCGCCCGCUCUUCAAGUGCCCGGCGCCGGCCGUGGGCGCCAGUAGCAGCCACGGCGGCGUGCACCUGCGCAUCCCCAUGCCCUACAAGCAGUGCUGCGUGUACUGCGGCCGUCACUUCCGCUCGCUGCAGCGCCACUUGGACAAGCACCACGCCCACCAGCCGGACGUGAGGGCUGCCCUGGAGCGCGCCCACACACAGCCACACCCGUCAGCCCACCCCCCACACCUCCACGCCUCCCUGCCUUCCUCCUCCUCCUCCUCCUCCUUGCACCUCAGAGACGGCUCUGCCCCCGGGGGAGGAGCAGCUGCCUUGGUGCUCCCGUCAGCCCCGCCCAGACACGCCCCUUCUCCGAACUCCAGGAGGAGCCCCGCCUUGUCCCCAGGCCCCCGUAAGAGCCCCGCCCCCAUAGCUACAACGCCACCCAGAAGGGGUGGGGUCCCUGUGUCUGUGCUGAAGAGGAGCCCGCCCACACAGGUGGUGAACCCGCCCAGGAAGGUGGGGCGUAAAGUGAAAAAGGAGAGAGAGGAGGAGGUGGAGGAAGCCGAGAGGAGGCCCAAAGAGGAGGAGGUGCCCACCCCCAUCUACAUGGAGCACAAAGAGGUGCUGGAGCUGCAGCAGCAGGUCUCUCAUCCACAUCUACCCCCAGCUAUUACUCCAGACGAGGAGGAUGACGACAACUGCAUGGGCGACUACGACAGUGGAGCUGAUGAUAAGAAGGACAUAAUUAGUUCUCGGCGGCCCCACAUCAUGCCUCUGCUCUCGUCGCUGUCGUCUCUGGUGCUGUACCUGCGUCGGCUGCAGCACUCGGCCUUCAUCUCUCUGUCGCGCUCCCCACAGUCCGCCGAGGCCUGGCGCCUGCUGUGCCACUCCAGCCUGGCACUGCUCAUCCUCUACAACCGCCGGCGCGAGUGUGAGGUCUCCAAGCUCACCAUAACCGAGUACCACGCCCGCAUCACCCCGCAGUGCCCGAUCCCGGUGCCCCCGGGUGCCCCGCCGGCCCUCACCCCGCUGGAGGCCUCGCUGUCGCCCUUCGAGCGCCUGGUGCUGCCCCACCUGCCGCGUGUAGGAGUGCAGGGGAAGCGCGGCCGCGUGCAGCCUCUCAUCCUGCCGCCGCACUCCGAGGCGUGCCUGGACAUGCUCCUGCAGACGCGGCCCGGCGUCGGCGUGGACCCGCUCAACCCGUACGUCUUCGCCCGGCCGUACCACUCGCCUGCCACGCCGCUGCGGGGCACAGACCUGCUGCGCAGCCUGGCGCGCUCCAGCGGCACGCGCAACCCCCGCGCCCUCACGCAGACCCGCGUGCGCCGGCAGGUUGCCAUCCUUACGCAGCUGCUGCUGCUCAGCGAAGGCGAGGAGGAGGCACAGAGGGGCACCUCCGUCCAGCGCCUGGAAAACUUCCUGCAGAGGGAAUACCACGUGACUCAAAGCUGUGCCGGGAUUGGCCAGGACCCGGGCCUGAUGGGGCUGAUCGGGCGCGUGGUGCUGUGCGGCGAGAGAGACGGAGUGCUCUUCAGAGGGAUGAGCCUGCACCACAUCUGCCUCGAGCUGGAUGUGAUGUCAGGGAACUCUGGGGACUCCUUUUCAGAGGAGUCGGAUGGAGAGCAGGGGAAGGAGAAGAUGGUGUCGGUGACCCCGGCAGCCAUGAUUAUGAUGAAGAAGGGCUCAGCCAACGGCAAGUCCCCGCGGCCUAAGAAGAUGAACGGAGCAUCGCCGUUCUCCCCCGGUCGCAAGAGAGGCUCGGGUCAGCCCAAACCAGGGAAGCGCGGCGUGCUGAAGCGACCCUGGUCAGAAGCAGAGCGGACGGCCGUGGAGUCCCACCUGACGCGGAACAUCGCCGAGCUGCGCGUGCCCGCCAAGGCCGACUGCGAGCGCUGCCUGCAGCUCUGCCCCCUGCUGGUCAGCAACCGGCGGGACUGGAGGGCCAUCAAGUUCUACUGCCACAACCGCAUCCAGCUGCUCAAGAAGACCCGGCAGAGAGAGGGCAACAGCUCUGACCCCCUGCCUAUCUGUUGAGGGAGAGGGGUGGAUAGAGAGAGAGAGAGAGAGAGAGAGAGAGAGAGAGAGAGAGAGAGAGAGAGAGAAAGAAAGGAAGAAAGAAAGAAAAUCCUAAAGAGCAAGGGAGGAGAAACAUACAGAUGGAUGAGGAGAGAGUUGUAUGGGCUGUCUGAAAAAACACUUUUCCCCCCCACAUAAUGGGUAGUUUAAGUGGCCAAAGAUUCCACCUCCAUUUUGGUACUUGUACGGUACAUGAAAUGGUAUUUUAGGGUCUCAGAGUUACACUGAGACUGCUCUGGACUUGGUGUCCAAUCAGAAUGCUGACAGUUACGAUACAAGAAAAGAAAAGUGACGCUUUGUGCUACAUGUUUUUACUAAAGACCUCCUAAUAUGUUGCUUUUUGAGUCUUGCGUAGAGGAAUUUAACGGAGGCAGUAGCUGCUCUCUUGACUUUGUUGUAGAUGUUUGUUCAAGUCGUGCUGCUCCUGGUAUUUUGGAGUGUUAACUGGGAGAAUCUGGUCUGACACAUGCCUCUGACGCAGAGACCAAAGGACUCAGUCACAGGCAUACUCUCGGUGUGAACUGCUGACCGUUUUUUUUCUUUUCACAAUGAACCGCCGUGAGAAGAUGAAGGAUGGAGAUGAGGAGAAGGAGCUAAAGGAUGAAUGUUGACCACUUCUGAGAUGAACCACAGAAAGACACUUCUUAUCAAUCACUCACUCUUCUUUGGAGUGCCUGGGCAGACCAAAGGUUUGCCACAUGGCUUUAGAAAUGUUAUGUGUCACCAAGUGUAUGUAUACUGCAGAUCGAUCUUUGCGUUCUUAUCAUUUUAUGUAAUAUUUUUUUUCCAAGUGGCCAGUGUAGCUUAUAUAUAACUCUUGUGGACAGCUACUCCCUGUGGUGUACAAAUGGAUGUGCUAGUGGACAUAUUGCUGAACUUUAAGCCCUAAGGGCCCUCAAGACCAUGAGGUCAUCACAAGGUCACAAUCACUUCACCCAUAUCGAACACUUAACCCAAGCUACACACCUCAGCCUCAGAUACUUGAAGUAAUUUUACAGUUCAUGCCUUCUGUUACCAUACACGGUUUUCAGUCCUUCUGCUAGUUGCAUUGUAUAUAUAGAUAUACUAUUAUUAUUAUUAUUAUUGCUAUAUCACCAUAAUUAUUACUAUUUAAGCUGGUUGUGUUUUUUAUGGAAAUAUCUCUCCAUUAAGCUGUACGUGUACAUAAAGUUUUGUAAAUACUACAGACAUGAAAAGACGACAAGGAUGAAACACACUGUACAGACAUACGCUUCGAUUAUUUGUGUUCAAUGGUGUUUUCUUUUUUACUGGUCUGUAAUAAAAGUGAUUUUGUUUUUGCAAAUGUGAAGUUGUCAGGCCUAACGUGUCCACUAGAUGGAGCUUUAACACUGAUGCUGCACACUUUAAGAGUUAAUCCAGCCAGUCAUUCCAGCACUUGGAUUCUAGAAACUCAAUUCAUUUUUUAGAAAUCCAUAAAGUUUGUCCGCUAUAAUCAAGUCGAAAUGCAAUAUUAAUGAUGGACAGUAGAUGGCACUCUGGAGUUGCAUUAUCAAUAUCAGUAUCAAAUAGCGGGGGAUCCCAUCUUCAGAGAUACUAGCAUGUUUCAUAUUGUCUUAAAAAGUGCAAGGAAUAAAAUACAAUGCAAACAUA